GGCGGGAGAGAGAGAAAGAGAGAGAGAGAGAGAGAGCACUGAGUGAAGAGCAUAGAUUUUCAUCCAAUUCUAUAUCUGUUUUUCUAAUCCUCGACUGCCGCUGCUUUGCAAAGCGGUGGUUCUAGGGUUGUUGGGAAGAUAAAUAUUUUAUUUCUCCGUGUCUCCGUAUUGUUUCAAAUACAGCUCUCUUCACUGGCAGUUCGUCCUUGUUGCGCCUGUUGAAGUGUAUAGCCUAUUAAUUUCGAACUUCUAUUUUCUCAGCGACACUUGAACUGCACCAUGAACAGUUUGAGGGGACCACCCGAGCGGGUACAUUUGGAAUGGUGUGGAUUACGCAGUCAAGAACCGGAGAACAUGUAAACGCAUAUGGAGUUUGGGAUUUAUUGUCAAAUAUGGGAAAGAUGACCGUCUUGUCUUUGUGCUUUCUCUUUUGCACGAAUCUACUGGAUUUAGCCGUUGGAUAUUUGACUGUAACCAUUGAACCUCUGCCACCUGUUGUUGUCGGGGAGACGGUGACGCUGAAGUGCAACUUUAAAACUGAUGGGAGACUGCGAGAGAUUGUCUGGUACCGGGUUACAGAAGGGGGCACCAUCAAGCAGAAGAUCUUCACGUACGACGCCAUGUUCAACACCAACUACUCUCACAUGGAGGACUACAGGAGGAGAGAGGACUUGGUGUACCAGUCGACAGUCCGGCUUCCAGAAGUGCGGAUCUCGGACAACGGGCCUUACGAAUGCCACGUGGGCAUCUACGACCGGGCCACCAGGGAGAAGGUGGUCCUGGCCUCAGGGAACGUCUUUCUCACCGUCAUGUCGCCCCCAAACAACAUCUCGGUGGUGGCGGAGGGCCUCCAGCCCGCCGAAAGCUACCAGGCAUGGGGAACUUCCGCGCUGGUGUGCAGCAAGGGGAGAACAAGUACCUGCACCCACGUGUACCGGUAUCUACCUAUCUAUGUAUAUGUGUAUUUUAAGCGGGAUGGGGAGUUGAUAGAGGUCAUCUCGUACACCCUGCCCGGCGACGAGGGCGGAGGAGGCGGCUCGGCGGCGGUGCGCGGGGCCCGGCCACUCAUCAGCCGGGACCUGGACGACACCAAGCUGCAGAAGUCGCUCUCGCUGCUGGGGCCGGACGGGCGGCCAGGGCGCCUGUACACGGAGAGCCCGAAGCCCCGGGGCGGCUUCACGGCGGGUCAGCAGCCGCUCGGCCACGAGCCCAGUCCGGCCACGGAGGUGAUCCCGGAGACGGUGGUGAACCGAGAGUUCCCGCGCUGGGUGCAGAGCACCGACCCGCUGUACUUCUUCAGCAGCACUCACGUGCCGCAGAGCGACGGCUCGGUCAUGGUGCAGGCCAAGCUCACGUGGACACUCAACCCGCAGGUGGACAACGACGCGCUGUUCAGCUGCGAGGUCAAGCACCCGGCACUCUCCAUGCCUAUGCAGACAGAGGUUAUACUGGCGGCUCCUAAGGGGCCCAAGCUUCUGAUGACCCCAACCCGAGCGAAGGUAGGGGACACAGUGCGCAUCACUGUUCAAGGAUUCCAGAAUGAAGUGUUUCCUGAGCCGCUGUACACCUGGACGCGGGUGGGCGGCAGGCUGCUGGACGGCAGCACGGAGCGCGAUGGCAAGGAGCUGAUCCUGAGCUGCUCGCCGAGCCUUCAAUCUGCUCCAUACUUUGCAUCGGGCGUGAACUCCAUGGCUCCAAUUUAA